GGGGUGUGUCGUCUCAACUGUCGUCUGGUUGAGAGUCAGUUCGUGGUAGGGUUGCAUAGGGACGGUCGUGAUAACAGUUUGUGAGGUUUAUUCGUGGGUUUGGUGAUCUUGACGGGUUACGAAGGUACCCGUGACGUGACGCGUGACACGGAAGGUUGGUUCGUAGACUAGUGACGUGAAGUAUGACUGAGUGUGUCACGAAGUGUAAAAAGUGAUGACGGAAACUGUGUGACACAUCAUGAUAACACUGCGGCAAAGUGACUCGUGAAGGACUUCUGAAGGUGCCGACUGUGAUUUGGCGUAAAUCGUGCAUAAACCUUAAUUGUAAAAAGCUUCUUUUAAUCUGUCGUCUUCUGAGGUGCUAGCGGAGUUGAAGACCGUCCGCCAGAGCAGAGAGGAAAGAUUCAAAUCGUCUAUGAACUCUUCUGAUCGUCCGAGCAUCUCCUCACCCAGCCAUGAAGCAUCUUCUUCUCUACACGAUCGCCUUCACUUCUCUCGCCUGGUCUGUCGCGCAGCUCUGCUAUGAUGCAGCCGGGAACAGCUUUGCCGGAAACGACGUCGCCUACUUCCUCGAUCAGAGGUUCAACUGCACGAUCAUGAUUUGUAGAAAUGGGACGCCGCAGGUGUUGAAGCAGCUGUGUGAGAGGGAGCUGAAUGAGACAAUGAUUCAGGGAAUGAAACCGACCAAGACGACGACCAUGCCUACAGGUAGCUGUGUACCCCUUCACGAAUGUCCCGAAGCGGUGGACCAGGCUCUGAUAUUCUGUUCUCUACCGUCCGGGGACCAGGGAGUCGUCUGUUUCGCAGAUAACGACAUCACCGACUUCAUACCGCAUCAGGAGUACCCCGAUCUCCAGGAGGAAACCCUCCAGAUCAUCGCCCGUUCCGCUCUCCCCCGAGCCGCCAAACAGAUUCUGACUAGCCUACCGGAGGAGACGGCUGAUGGGAGAUCGGAGACGGAGGCAGCCCUGGAGGAGGCCGUCCAAUCAGCGUCAAGGGCGACCCGAGAAGCAGUGGUUCAGGCCGCCGAUGAUUACGUGGAUAAGAUGGCCAACUCGACCGACCAACUGCUAGCCACUGGACAGCUGCCACCGCCUACCACGACUACCCACGUCUUCAACCUCAACUUCCGUCACGAUCCCAAAGUACAGAGGAUCGCUCUAGAGGCGGUCAGGGAUCUGAGCACCUCGACAUUCUUCCUCAGCACCAGGCCUCAAUCGCCGGAAACCACCACUGAGUCCUCUACCAGAGCAACAACCCGACCAGCAUCCCAACCCACAAGCCCUCCCUCCUCUUCCCCAUCCAAAUCCGCAUCCUAUCCACCGAGGUCCACAUCGGGCCAAUCAGGUUCCACAGCCCAGGGUUAUUCCUCAUCUAGAACGGGUGGCGCCGCGGGGACUGAAGAAGACUCUACGCCGGCUGAUGGAGACGAAGAGACUACCGUGGUUCGGUUUCCGAGGGUAAAUCAGACGUGCACUGCCCUGGAGCCUCCACCAUGCGAUCACACUGCCAUCUAUCGGUCCGCCGAUGGAAGCUGUAAUAACCUCCGGCAGCCGCUGUGGGGGCGCCGCCGUACUCCGUUCAGAAGGAUAUUCCAGAACACCUACUCAGACGGUAUAUUCUCCCCAACGUCGAGCCCCACGCUGCCCAACGCGCGUCUGCUCAGUGAGACCCUCAUGGACUACGAGUCGGUGGCUGCCCAGCAGAGGACGCUGGCAGUGAUGACCUGGGGUCAGUUCAUGGACCAUGACCUGGCACACACGCCCAUCUUCCAGCUCGACGACGGCCACGGCAUCGAGUGCUGCUCAAAACGCAACUCCCCGCCGCCCGAAACCCCCGUCCAUCUACAGUGUCUCCCAAUCACUGUACGACAAGCUGACGCGUUCUACGGACCACAUCAAGAGCGGUGUAUGAAUUUUGUGAGGAGCGUACCGUCUACCAGACCGGCUUGUGGGCUCGGACCGGCCAAUCAGCUGAACGAUCUCACCCACUGGAUUGACUGUUCCCAGGUAUACGGCAGCGACAGCUCCGAACAGCGGCGACUGCGUACCUUCUCCGGAGGACUCCUCCGUACCAGUCCGGGUGACCUUCUACCGCGGGAAGUGCCGGUGGUUACUGAGGAUGGACAAGGGGAGACGACCAGCUGCCGGGGAAACGUGUGCUUCGUCGCAGGCGACUCCCGUGUGAACGAGAACCCGAUGUUGACCAUGUACCACACGCUGUUCGUCAGAGAACACAACCGAAUCGCCCGACAGCUGCAGCAUUCCCAGCAAUACAGUCGGAACUUCACAUCUCCAGCUACGGAUGAAGAUCUGUUCCAGAGGGCUCGGCGUAUCGUGAUCGCAGAGUGGCAGCACAUUACAUAUAAUGAGUGGUUACCUGCGCUUCUGGGAUACAGCUACGCCGAGUCGGUCGGCCUAUCCAAGACAUACGGAGAUCACAGCUUCGAGUACCUAGACUUCCUUCACCCGGGUAUCUCCAACUCGUUCGCCACGGCCGGGUUCCGACUGCACUCGCUAAUUCAGGAUAUGCUGCAUUUCGUGUCGGCAUCUGGAAACACCACCACUACCGUCCCCCUCCACGAAACCUUCUUCGAGCCUUCGGUACUCCUAUCUAGCAUCGGUCAAACUCCCUUAACUGCUACCAUCGGCGCGAGUACCUCUUCUAGUGGGACAAGUUCAACUUCUGGGACUGCAUUGGAUGGGACGGAUUCUUCUUUCGGCACAUCUGAUGAUGGAAACGCGUCAAAUUCAUCUUCUGGUAGCGGUGGAACACACUCAUCUGACGGCACCAGCGGUGGAGUUAACCCCAAUGACGUCAGAGGAGAGAUCGAGUCGGCUGCGAGUCUCCAAAUAGCCCGACUGGCUCGGGGUAUUACCAAGCAGUCGCCGAGGCUGCAGGAUCGUCACUUUAGCGGGCAGAUCCGGGGACAGCUGUUUGCUACCGAAUGUGUGGGUCUGGACCUGGUCACCCUGAACAUACAGCGCGGCAGGGACCACGGUUUGGCUAAAUACCCCACCGUGCUGCGCUGGUGUACCGGGGUGGCCAUCACGCGAUGGAGCGAUCUGGUCAUCGUCAUGACGUCAGAGAACGUGGCCCGUCUGAAGAAAGUGUACUCUGACUGGACCGAGAUUGACAUGUAUGUGGGGAUCAAUAUGGAACGACUGGUGCCCGGAGCGAUGCUUGGUCCGACCGCCCGCUGUCUCAUCACUGAACAGUUUGUCCGACUGAGAUUUGGCGAUCGGUUCUUCUACGAUCUUGGAGGACAGCCCGGUAGCUUCACGAAAGCUCAGCUAACACAACUCCGCCGCGCCAGUUGGUCUCGCCUUCUCUGCGAUACAGUCGGAGCCGACUUCUCCGCCAUUCAGCCUCUGGCGUUCUUCCAGCCGAACAACGUCUUCAAUCCUGUGACCGACUGUAGUUUACUGCCUGGCAUGGAUCUGAGUGUAUUUUAGGGUUGAUGACGUCAUGCAGUCUUUUUAGACGAGUUUUUGGGGUUAAUGACGUCAUGCAGUGCCACAACAUGCGUCUCGUCUAGUGUUGGACUUGGUGGUGAUAUGAAGUGCUGGAAGAUUAUUUCUAGUGUCGACCUCUCUAGCGUGAAGUUGAGUCUCUUUUAAGUGCCAAUUAUAUCAUAGAAAGCUGGAAAGGAGGUUUUAUUAGGACAGGUGGGAAGUGCAGAAAUUGGCGUUAAACAUUCCUGCAAGAUUUUUCUAUGUUGAAAGGAGGCUAUUUUAAGACGGCUGAUGAAGAACAAUGCUAUUGGUUGGUUGGAGUUGAUAAACUUUUUUAGAACUGAUGACGUCAUAGGAUGCUGCCAAAGCUGAACUGUAGCAUCAGUAGUGUAUAUUUAUUAAUGGAGAGAAAACAUGUUCUAUUGUAUGCCCUACGGAGUAUUAGAUAGCAUGUAUAGGGUGCUAAUGUUGUAACAGCAGCAUCAUACUCAGAUAAGUGCGAUUAACACAUAGCUCAACGACGGCAAGUAUUUUAAUAACAAAUGUGAUAUCAUAUUUCCUUUCAAUAAAUGCGUCAAUGUGAAA